AUGAAUAUAUUUACAACAUCAUUUCAAUUACAUAAAUCGCUACUUGCUAAUGAUUUACUCAUUGAUAUAAUAGGUUCAAUGGCAGAACCCUUGUUCAGACUUCCCAUCAUCCCUGAUCAUUCUUGGCCAUAUGACUAUCUGCUGAUAAAGAGGAAGAACUCGAGAUUGCAUCGCCAGAUUCGUCGUAAUCAGCCACCAACGAAGACUACUUCAUUCAAAAGCACAACUAGUAGAGACCGUACUGGGGAAAACCUAAGUGAAACAACCGAUCAAUUAAGAGAACUGCUUCAAUGUUCAAAAGAUUCAAAUAGAAUGUUAGGAUUUAAUGCGAGGAAUUUGAGUAGUAUUGAUCCACAAUACAAAUGCAGAAUCUGUUCUCGAAUACUAAGGAAUCCUGUUCAGUUGAACUGUGGCCAUCGACAGUGCAAAUCAUGUGUUGAUUACCGUUUACAAGCGGAAAGAAUAAAAUGCCCUGAGUGUGGUCACGAGACUCUACAAAGUGAAAUAUUACCUGAUCGUGGAGUCAAGAAUGAUAUGAAAUCAAUAGGAAUUCAGUGCUCAUUAUGCCCUUGGGAUGGAUUGUUUAAAGUUUACGAGAGUCAUCUUAAUGAAUAUCAUGCCAAUCCGAAAUGUGAUCACUGUGGAAUAUCAUUUAAUUCGAUAACUGAACUCGACAUUCAUCAAACAACAGAUUGUCCUGAAAUCACUGUGCCUUGUCCUCUGAAAGAUUAUGGAUGUAUCACUGAUAACGAAAACUGUUUACUCUUCGUCUGCUCUUCUGCAGCUUUUAUCCGUCGAGACGUUCCCAAAUUAUUAAGUGACACAAUGGAUAUCGACCAUUUUCCUCAAACGACUACAUCACUCGUAGAAACGCACAAUACUCCGGUAGAAGAAAUGCGGGACAUGAUUGACGUACUUGAGAAUGGAGUAGACGCAUUAAAUGAAGAUGCAAAACGACUUUCCAUUGAAACGAAUAAAUUAAGUAAUGCGAUAGAAAAAUUGAAUAAUGACUAUAAUGCACUGAAGUUGAGCAUCCAAGAACAAAAUACUUAUCUUGAUGGAAUUAAACCAAAACAAGAUGCACUUCAGCAGGAAGUUUCGACAUUACAAGAAACGAUAGAUGGUUCACAAUCUAUUUCGUAUGACGGAACGUAUACUUGGAGAAUAUCGGGUUUUCGAGAGAAAAUGGCUGACGCUCGAACUGAGCGACAAACAUCAAUCUAUUCGCCGCCAUUUUACUCAUCGCCCACAGGAUACAAGAUGCGAGGCCGAAUUUAUCUGAACGGAGAUGGCAACGCCCGUCGCACCCAUAUUUCCUUGUUUUUCGUACUGAUGCGCAGCGAAUACGAUGCCAUACUUAGAUUUCCUUUCAGUUACAAGGUGACAUUUUGUUUAUUCGAUCAAACACCUGCACAACGCCAUAUCAUCGAUUCCUUCCGACCCGAUAUCAAAUCCAAUAGUUUCCAACGACCGCGGUCAGAAAUGAACAUCGCAAGUGGUAUACCGAAGUUUUUUUCAUUGGAAUUACUUCAGGAUGAGGUAAAUCCGUACGUCCGAGAUGACACGAUGUUUAUCAAAAUCAUGGUCGAUUUCGGUGAUAUGCCCAAAACUCUGUUACCCUUUGCAUUCAGCGUUAACCCAGGCUACACAAUCACGAUUCAACAAAACUUGAUUAGAAAAGAAGCAGAACGACGAUCUCAACAACAACAACAAUUGCUGACAUCGGCGAUGAAUUUGCCGACUUCGGACUCUUCAGUAGUUAAAACAGAAGAAGAAUAA